CCCCGCUAGUUCGAACUAGCGGGGUAGUGUAGACAUACCCCCAGAUAUCCUUGUUCCCCUUUAGAGAUUUUCCAUUCUCUUUUCUUCCAUAGAUAAUCAGGAGAGGAUUGGUUUUACCUAGGGUGCUGCAACCCCAUUGCUCCAAUUCAGUUGUUAAUGGUUGUUUGUGAUUAUCACAUUUGGAGGUAGAUGGCCAGAUCCCACUUUCAUUAGCACAACAAAUGUGAUGGAAGAAUACUGUCAAGGCCACGAUAAGGGCUUAAUGCUGUAUUACCAACACUUGUGACUUUUGUGCAUGUGAUAGCUUUUUAGAAGUGUCUGUAGUUUCUCUCACGAUGAUGCAAGAAGCUCCAGCUCCCACCCUCCUCCCCCGAAAGUUCAGCCCCACCAGAAGCCAGCAGCAUCUCUCCUCUCCACUUGCCAUGCUCAAAGGGGGAGAAGGGAGCAAAGAGCUCAACAGCUCCAUACAAUGCUGCUUCCUCCUCCCUCAGUCCUUCUAUGAGGAAAAACAGACAGGGCGGCAUUUCUGCUGCUGCUCCUUACCUCGCAGCACCCUUCUCAAGAAGGGGCAGAAGGUGGUAAAAAGCCCCUAGAGCUUACCCUUCAUAGUCUCUGAAGUCCACCCAGGCCUGGAACAGCCCUAUGAGAAACAGGGGGGCUUGGACUGAUGGGGGUGGGGCUGGGUGGUAAGAGACCUAAUAGAAGGACUGGGGAUAGGAUUAACUACUGGCCAAGCGAUGGCCAGAUGUGAGGGACAGAGCUUCUGACCAGAGUCCCAAAUCCUCUUACCUAAUACAUUUGGGAUUGUGGGCAACACUAAUUGUUGCAUAGGGACUGACGAUGGACAAAAGUUCAAUAGUAAAAAGGCUAAUAUAAUCUUAUUAAACAUCUCAUGAAUUUGUUGGGGUCAAUCUCAAGAUUUUUUGGAGUCUGAAUCGUGGUUUUAGGGUUUGAGUUGCUGAUAACCAUACAGGGAGCACAUAAUAGCAAACAGAAUUCAUAGUCUAUGCAUAGACUGCCAGGUCAUCACAGGUGCCUACUCAGACCAAACUUCUAUUAACAUCAAUGAAAGUUAUGGUGAAGGACUAGCUGUUAAGUUAAUCAGCAUCUCAAAGGGAACAGAAAUCACCUAUAGGUAUCUAUGUGGCUGCUAGUCAGUUAUGAUGUGGACACCUUUCUAUUAGGAACCUUCCACUGGGACUACUUGCAGAAUAAUGUACCAGUCAAUAUAAUUAAAGUGGCAGAAUCUGGUCCUAAAUAACUAAAUCAUGAAUGAGUAGUCCUGUAGCACCUUACUGGUUGUUUUAUUAAAGUUACCGACUAACAUGGCUACCGCUCUGAGACUUUUCAACUAGCUAAAUCAUGUCAUAAAUAAUCCCCAGAGGAAAAAAAUUCACUGUGCAUUGAUAUACUUCACUCAGGGCAGAAUCUGAGGGCUGCAGACUUUCUAGAUUUAAUUUAAGACCACGAGCCAGUAAAUUACCAUUGCCAAACACACUGUUUGUCCACUUUCCCAUGUGACAAUCUGGAACACAUUUGUUAUUUUAAUCAAAUUGGCAGAGAUAAAAUGGGGUAUAAAAGGUUGGGUGAAGAAACUAGUGCUGCAGCUCCCACUGCUUCAUCCUGCUGUUAUAAAAUGCAGGCCAUCCCUCUUCUCUUUUUGGUUGGCUUAGCCUCUGUCACUCCAGUCUUUGGUCUAAUAGAAAUUGCCGCUAAUGGCACUUUCUCCAACAGAAAGUAUUACAGCUCAAUAAACGUAACUAACGGAGGACCUUGGGGCUCUUGGACAUGGAUUGAUAUGUGCCCAGAACAUUACCAUGCACUGGGAUUUAGUAUAAAGAUGGAGGAGUAUGGAGGAGCUAGUGAUGACACGGCACUAAAUGGGAUCCGUUUAUUUUGCGUAAAAAACAACAAUACGAGUAGUGCUGUCUAUACUGUUGAAUCUGAUUCUGGAAAGUUUGGGCAGUGGUCAGGAAUCACUUGGUGUCCAACAGGAUUCCUCACAUCCUUUCAGAUGAAAGUUGAACCUCCACAAGGAAUUGUAGAUGAUACAUCUGCUAACGGUAUCAAAUUCCGCUGCAGCAGUGGUGCUAUCAUAGAAGGAGCAACUGGUAGCUUUGGUGAUUAUGGUGGCUGGAGCACUGCCUGUACAAGAGGUGGAAUUUGUGGCAUUUUAACCAAACAGGACCCAUACCAUGGUCCUUUUGUGGACGACACAGCGCUCAAUGAUGUUUGCUUCUUCUGUUGUGACUGAUUUCUAUUGUGCCAAGCCCCAUCACAAAGGCAAUUUGUUCUACAUCUUAGUAAAAAUGACUUUCUCUGUCUCUUAAAAAGUCAGCAACAAAUUAGGUUUCAAUAGCAUUUCGCUCGCCCUUUAUUGACUGUAUGUAUGAAAGCAGUGAUUGAUUGAUAUGAAAAUGAAUUAGGGAGUGGAUCUAAAGGAAAGUCAGGGGGUUAGGAGAAGGCUUCAUUCUGCAGUUAUGUCUAUCUUGCCAAGCUUCUCCCUCUCCUAUUUUGGUGUCAUCCUUGUUUGGUCCUGCCUUGAGGGCGGGGGGCUGGACUCGAUGACCUCUUGAGGUCCCUUCCAGUCCUAUUAUUCUAUGAUUCUAUGAUUUCAUUCUAAUUUAAAGAUUCCAGAUAAAGUGUUCAUGACAAAGAGAGCCUGACACUAUAUUCUUCAAUUAUAAUAAUUGCCAUUAAAUUCAGUGGGAGACCUUGAGGUCAGAAUGACUGAACAAUCAUGCUCCCAAUAAAAGAACCUAGGAUAAUUACUUUUGAGAAUCAAUCUAGAGACAACAAUGUCAAUACUCUUAUUCUAUUUAGUAACUUCAUAGCAGAUGCAGGAAAAGGAAGCAGACACCAAUAUGUUCCUCUUAUGUUGCUAUGAAGUCUUGUAUAGCUAAAGUCCUUCCAUUUUCUGCUUUCAGCUGGAAGCUUUACAAUUUGAGUGGUACUUUGCUUUAGAACAUUAACUUGCCCCAAUGUUUUAUGAGCCGAAAUGGAAUGCCUCCAAUAAAUUCCAUGUCAAAAUA